AGCAAGUGGUUACCUAUAAGAGGCAAGAGUACUCAUCCGUCACUAUCAAUUUGCGAAGACGUGAUAUACCAAGUGGAUCGAGAUUUUUUUCUUCUCAGAAACAUGAAAUCGCUUGUUUUUCUUUGCUUAUUGUUUGUAACUUUCUGUGCUGCGCAGAGAGUUCCUAACAACGUGUUGGAUCAAGCAUUUACAGCUAUAAAGAAUGCUAAAAAUUCGGUUGAUACCGUCAUGUUAGAUCUGAGACAUUCUAGGACGAAUAUCAACUUAAAAGCACAAUCUGAAAUUACCAAUUAUUAUAUCGCAGCCACUAGUAGAAUAAAUGAGGUUCUAAACACUCGUCUUAAUUAUAUCAAGGAAAAAUCACAAGAAGCAAAGGAGUCGGGUAAAGAUGCUGAUGAUUGUUUAAAUAUCGUUACAAAAGAUAUGAAAGCUGCCGCUCAAACAGGGUAUAGCGAAGUUAAAUCGUGUGAACAAGAAGCUAAUAAAAAAUUAGGAACAAUAUUACAAACAUUUGACAACGAGCAAGCAAAUGGUCAAAAAUUAAAAAAUCAAUUAGAUCAAAUUGCUCUAGAAUGCAUGAAUUCUUCUAAUCCUCAACAAAUGGCAAACUGUAUAUUCCUAAAAAUAGCAAUCAUCAACCAGGACAUUCGUCAAUAUCAGCAAAGAGCUUCACAAUUAACAAAUCAAGCAAAUUCUCAGAAAAAUGCAUUACUUUUAGAACAAUUCUCUUGUAAUGCUAAAGCCAAUGAUAAAAUUCAAAGUGCAUCCACUAAAGCUAUAUAUGCUGCAGUUGAUUGCCUUAAAAACUGAAAUAAACCAAUCUUAACAUUAAAUUCAUUGAAUACUGAAUCAAAAAUUAAAUUUGUCAAAUGUAAAAUUAAAUUUAUAUUUCUGAAUAAAUUAAAACUUUAUUUCUAAGAUACCAUAUUGAAUUAUUCUAUAAUAAAUAAUACUGAUAUUUAUAUAGUAUCUUGUAUGUUGUGUAUUCUUUUAUG